AUGGCGGCUACUGAAAAUGCCUUGACCCUCAACAAUGAAAUCUCAAUGGAGCUCCCUGCCCUCCCUCCAAACCAAGGCCUGGAGGCCUUCAAGGACAUUGCCUUUGGAUCUUUUGCGGGGAUGGUGGGCAAAAUCAUUGAAUAUCCGUUUGACACGGUCAAAGUACGGCUUCAGUCACAACCGGACCACCUUCCUCUUCGCUACAAUGGACCCCUGGACUGCUUCCGCCAGUCGUUCCAUGCUGAGGGUCUCCGAGGUCUCUACCGCGGGAUCAGUGCGCCAAUGGCCGGGGCUGCUGUUGAGAACAGCUGCUUGUUCUUCAGCUACCGUGUGGUCCAGGACAUACUUCGUGCGACAGUCUACUCCUCGACGGAGCCGUUACCCUACUCCGCUUUGCUGCUGAGCGGUGCCGCCUCCGGAUCCGUGACUUCUCUUGCCUUGACCCCCAUCGAGCUCAUCAAAUGCAAGAUGCAAGUACCAUCGGACAUUCCCGGUGCUAGACAGCCCGGGCCGUUGAAGCUCAUGAUAUCUGUGUUCCGACAAAACGGCAUACUGGGGUUCUGGCGGGGCCAAACAGGCACCCUGAUCCGUGAGACGGGCGGGGGGGCUGCUUGGUUUGGAGCCUACGAGGGGGUGACCGCCCUAUUUCGCGGAAACCAGCAUACCCUCCCGCCGAUCGGUUCCGUUGAACGAGAGCCUAUCCCCCUUCCCGUCUACCAGCAAAUGAUUGCCGGUGCAGCGGCCGGUAUCAGCUAUAAUUUCAUUUUCUACCCCGCCGACACCAUCAAAUCACGGCUGCAGACGGAGGAAAUAACAACCUCGUCAUUCUCCAAGAGGCAAACUUUCCUGGGCGUUGGUAAAAGUCUGUGGCAGCAGCAGGGCCUGAGAGGCUUGUAUCGAGGCUGCGGCAUCACCUGUGCGCGUUCGGCCCCGAGUUCAGCGUUCAUUUUUACAGUUUUUGAGGGGCUCCGGAGUUACUUUGGAUAG